AACAAAUGACAACGUCAUAAGGAUUUGAUAUUUCAAAACUAUUAGCCCCACAGUUACGAAAAAUGUUCAAAAACACUUACCAAAAUGGAUUGCUGUCAAUAUUCUACAGUUGCGGAUCGAACCCUCUGGCUUUAUGGGAUAUGGAAGUGAAAAAUGGCCAUAUAAAAAGGCUGACUGAUAAUGAAGUGAAUUCAGUAGUCUUGGAGAUCGUGAGUACAAAUGUAGCGACUACUUUCAUAAGAUGUCCAAGGAAUGAUCAAGUCUUAGGUAUUAAAUUACCAUUUUUAGUCAUGAUAAUCAAGAAUUUAAAAAGGUACUUUUCAUUUGAGAUUACGAUUUUAGAUGACAAAAAUAUGAGAAGAAGGUUCCGAAUCUCAAAUUUUCAGUCGACAACUAAAAUAAAACCUUUCUGUACCACCAUGCCGAUUGGCCUAUCCGGAGGUUGGAAUCAGAUUCAAUUUAAUUUAUCUGAUUUUACAAGGAGAGCUUACGGAACUCAAUUCCUAGAGACAUUGCGAGUCCAAAUUCAUGCUAAUGCAAGAUUAAGAAGAAUAUACUUUAGUGAAAGGCUUUAUACCGAAGAAGAAUUACCACAAGAUUAUAAGCUGUAUUUACCAUUGGAAAGGAAGCAAAAAAAGGAAAAACCCGAAAAAAAGGAAAAAGAAGUUACUUCCAAGGUUCCUAAGCUUCGAACUGAGGUGCCCAUUGAAAAUAAAGUUGAGGCCAUUCAAGAGGAAGUUCCGAGCAAACAUAGUACUGCCGGAACAGUCACUCCUGCUGUUACAGAGGUAGGAGAUGAGCAGCCAACAGAUGCCCAGUUAACUGAUGAAACUAAUAUCGUAGUCGCAGACGAUAACCCACAAGAAGCUGAAGAUGUCCUAGAAACAGAACCCCCAGUUGCAGAAGAAUGAUUAUUUUUAUUGUAUUAUUGUUUGUUAGUUCUGUUUAAUUUUUGUGAUUAUGUACUUAUAUAAAAUCGGUUAUUGGAAUAUUAUAAAA